AUGAGUCCCAUUCCGUUGGUUGAGAUUGGACAGAACACCAACCGUUCCGCGUAUCUUGAUCCUGUCGCUGACUGCGACGCGUCACUCCCAGUUCUUUACCAUCACCUAUCUCUUCGUAUUCCCUCAUCCACAAUGGCCAGACGUUAUGACAGCCGUACAACGAUCUUCUCGCCUGAAGGACGGCUCUAUCAAAUCGAAUAUGCUAUGGAGGCCAUCUCGCAUGCCGGAACUGUGCUAGGCGUCCUAGCGAAGGAUGGUGUCGUUCUGGCCGCUGAAAAGAAGGUCACUGGAAAGCUACUGGAUUUGUCGAGCGCGAAGGAGGGAGGGUAUGGUGGAAGCGGGGAGAAGAUCUACUUGUUGAACUCAAAUGUCAUCGGCGGCGUUGCAGGCCUGACGGCAGACGCCAACUCGCUGGUCAACUAUGCACGAACGGCGGCCCAGAGACAUCUCUUAACCUACAACGAAGACAUCCCCGUGGAGGUGCUCGCCCAAAGAAUGUGCGACAUGAAGCAGGGUUAUACACAGUUCGGAGGUCUACGACCAUUCGGCGUCUCCCUGCUCUACGCUGGCUACGACCCCCACUACAAAUUCCAACUCUACCAUUCUGAUCCCUCAGGCAACUACUCUGGGUGGAAGGCGACGUGCAUCGGGGCAAACAACGGCACAGCGCAGAGCUUGUUGAAGCAGGAGUACAAGGAUGACAUCGAGAUAAAAGAUGCGAUUGGGCUGGUGUUGAGGACGAUGAGCAAGACGAUGGACAGCACGACGUUGGGGAGCGAGAAGCUCGAAUUUGCGGUUCUGACGCUCGAUCCUGCAACUCAGCAGCCCAAAGCCAAGAUCUAUCGACCGUCUGAGAUCGAUGCCCUGCUCGUAUCAGAAGGGUUGACGAAGAAAGACGAAGAUACGGAGAUGAAGUCUGCUUAA